AUAUAGCGCAUCCAAAGUGGCGUUAUAUUUCUAUCAACACGAUCAAAACUGCUUUAAGGAGGGCAAAGCACCCUUCUUUAAAAUUUUAACUUACUUAUUUACCUUUAUUUAGCCCAAAGAGGGAUAAGGUCUUAUUGGCUGUACGAUGUCACUGACUGCUCAGCCCGAACACGUUGCACAGGAAGUGCCUACUCACGUUAUUCCCUAUUCUGAGAACUACAUGGGAUAUUACCCUGGUGAUAUGAGUGCAGGUCUACAAUGUCACGGUUACCUGCCUUCUCCUCAAUACACUCAAUAUUAUGAUGACCCUUACAUGGGUACAGCGGUUGACUACAUGAACGUCACCUGUUACCAGAUGGUACCGGAUGACCAUCAUGGUUACGUCGACUCUCAUGUUGGACAAAUGCCCGACUACUCCGGUGGCAUGAUGUACCAUCCUAUGGAGAUGACAUACUGCCCUCCUACUGGGCAGAUGUACUAUCAAACACCUGGAUCGAGUACCGUACCGGCAUUAAGCAGCGUCAAGGGGGAUCCCGAUGACGAUGCUCGUACUUUUACUGAAUGCAGUACUGCGGCAACUACUCCUAACUUGGAACACUGCCCCAACCCCGAAGUCGUUGAAGAUGGAUUUGAUCUUGGUUAUGGAUACGACUACGACCGAUACGCAGUAUCACCUUCUGACUGCUACCCUCGCCAAAGUGCUGGGUUUAGCGGUUACCCUGGUUACUGUGUGUCCAACUUUGACGAUGUAUUUUCCGCUUGUGGCGACCAGGACCCUUUAGUGAACGAUGCUAUGGUUGUGGAGAUUGCUGACGAGAUAGCGGCCAACGUCCAGUAUUUACCAGACAAGGAAUCCAGUGGUAAAUACUCACUUGACAAAAACCACCCGAUUCAUUGCGUCUGGCGUGAUCUCAACAGAGGUCACUGCAGUUGGCGUUGCCGCUGGUGGGAGAACGGCAAGCGUUUGAGUAAGAACUUCAACGUGAAACGCUUCGGUGAGCAUGAGGCCAUGUGGAUGGCCAUUGCUAUGAAGAUUCGUAACUCUACGCCUGUUGAGCGUUUUCAGUUACUCAAGGAGCAGCGUGAAGCUGUUCGCAACUACUGUGAGCUUGUGCGUCAAAACGUUGAUGGGUCGGUUGUUGACUAUCGUGUUGAUCCAAAGAGCUCUAUUGCUAUAGCUCAGAUUGGCACUGCUACGCGCAAGGCCCGAUCACCUCUGAACAGCACUAAGAGUGCUCAGAAGGCCAACUGGGCGCGCAUCGCUUGGACCUAUGUUAUGGUUUCUGAACGUCGUUCUGCUGCUAGCAGUGUAGUUUGUCGUCUAUGUGCGAAGACUACUAAAUGCUCUCGCAGUCGUAACCUGCAACAGGCGCAUAUAAUGCACCUCAUUCGUAUGCACAAGAACCCUUGGAAGCAGUAUUUGGAUGAGGAGGGACUCACUAAAAUGUGUAGAUCCGCUCUGGAUGCUUUGUAUCAGCAGCGUGGUUUUACUGCUACAAGUGAAUGGAAGUUGAGGCCGGGUCUCACUCCACCUGAGCCUGGGUUCGAUUGUUCUUCAAUGGUUGAUGGUGAUAGUGUUUUGGAUUAGAUGAUCGCUGAUGGUGCAUAAAAUAGUGUACCACGUUGUUUAUUUUACUCUUUAUAUAAGGAUAACAUUCUUUGUUCUUCAUCGAUAAUGUGGUAUAAUACUGACUGCCGGUUUUAUUGGUAAUCAUUUCGGCUCAGUUGCUUUUAGUACAUCAAUUUUAAUUAUUAUCUGUUUU